AAGUCGAUUCCUUAUCCUUUACUGAGUGAUAGCCGGUAAUCAAAAUACAUUAGACUUCAACUAAUUAUGGGUAAUCAAGCAUCUGCUUUGAGACCGGAAGUCCUGACGGAUUUGGAAGAGAGCACCGCUUUUAACGCUGAUGAGAUAAGAGAAUAUUACAGAAACUUUCUAAAGGAAUGUCCGGAAGGUCGCAUGUCGAUGUCCCGCGAUCAAUUUAAGAAAAUCUAUUCUAAACUCUUCCCCACUGGUGAUGCCAAUCAGUUUGCCCAACACGUUUUUCGCACGUAUGACAGAGAUGGAAAUGGUCGUAUUGAUUUCAGAGAAUUCUUGAAUUCACUUCAUAUACAAAAGAGAGGCACUUUGGAGGAGAAAUUAACUUGGUUAUUCAAAAUGUAUGAUAUUGAUGGAACUGGUUAUAUAACCGAGGAUGAAUUAGGGCAAAUGCUCAAGUCGCUACAUAAUCUUCGAGGAAAAGUUGAUGAGCAUUCGAUGAAAUGUUUGGCUAAUUAUAUAUUGGAGAGAGCGGACAUAAACAAAGAUAAAAAGUUGUCUCUGAAAGAAUUCCUAGAAGGCGCCAAAUGUAGUAACACAAUAAAGCAGAUGCUAGACGAAGCAUUCGAAGCGUCUACCACACCUUUCCGGAAAUCUUAAGAAUUCCUUUGAUUUUCAGAAUUCUUGGAAGGAAAGAGAAGAGAGAAAGGAAAAAUCAUUGCUAUGAUUAAUUACAAUUAAACUAAAUAAAUGUGUAAUUGAUACCGAAUCACGAGACAGUGAACCCAUUUUAAUAAAAAGAACUAAGAAUUUAAUCG